UAAAGAGCGGUCCAAACAUUGGAAGAAAAUUUUAUGGCUGCUCGCUAUGGCCUAAUGCAGAUUGUCGUUUCUUUGAAUGGUGUGAGGACACUGAUGUGCAAUAUGAUGUCCAAAUAGUGAAAGAUAAAGAUCUACUAAUUGAGCAGUUGUUGGCAGAGAAGAAGUUAUUGGAAGAAAGAGUACACAAGUUGAAGAUGAAGAACAAGAGGUUGGUUGUAGAAGUUGCUGAUUCUCGAAUGGUGGCUUCCAAAACAGCUAGAGGAGAAGCAUAUGCUGUUAUGGUUAUAAUAGCAUCUUGGAUAGUUUUUGGGAUUCUUUCUUAUUUGAAGUAAUGUACCAUGUAAUGUUAAAGUGAUGUAAUAUUAGCA